CUCAAAAGCGAUAUGGGGAUUACCGAAUGCAAAGAAUGUAAUUAAGUUUAGUUAGAUGAUCAAUUACCAUAGCCUUUUUAACUAUCUGUAAGAGGAAGAUCUCAUUUAAUCUCUAUCACUUCAUAUUAAGGAGAAGUUAAAACAGUAUUUUUUUAUAAUAAAUCAAUAAAGUUAUCUGUAGAACCAAAUCUAGAGAUUGCAUAUCCACUCACAUAAGAAGAAUUAGUUGAAUAUGAAGAUAAAUUGAAAACACCAAUUAAAUUAACCUUAAAAGAACUUGAACCUUUACAAAUCAGACCACUUAAAUCAGUAAAACUAAAUUAUUAUCAUAGUAUGAAUAUUCAGAAAGAGCAUAUAAAUUAAAAAAAACAUAAUCUAUAUAUUUAGGAUAAUGGAAUAAUGGUAUACCAUCAGGUUUUGGAAUUUUAAUAAAUCCUAUUGAAAAUUCAUAUUAUGAAGGAUCAAUACUUGGAGGUAAACCACAUGGAUUUGGAAGAAAAGUUUAUUCAUAAGGAAAUUAUUAUUAGGGUAAACAUAUCUUAUUUAUUUUAAGGAGAGUUUGAAUAUGGAAAGAUAUCAAAUAAUGGUUUAGUAGUAUUUCGAAAAGAAAAAAAUGAUACAUAAAUAUAAAAUUAAGUAGAAAAUCAAUCAUAAAUUAAUCAAAACUUGAAAAUUGAUUCCAUAUAAACUGACAGAUCAUAAAUUAUGAGUUCCAUAAAAAAAUGA